GCCCCUCUUGCAAGAGUCGUGAAGCGUGUCGGUCGUUGAGGAAAGGAAAUGGCCAGCCUUGCAGCCAGAAGUGACUAUUAGCAGCCAUCACCGUUUCUGCGCUUUCUUGUUUCAAAGCCAUACGGCCGCUGCUCCACCACAGGCACAGGCAUUCGACAGCAAUUGUCAAUCAUCCAGCUACACCGCCAUCCCCGCCGACCAGUGCCCGUGCACAGUCGAGCUCUCAAUUUCUGCGAAGCAUACUCCGUACAUUGCACGUACCAAAGUACGCAGUACUACCUUGGGCACGCGUGCUCGUCUCCUGCUUCCAUCCACCCCUCUCCCGCCGAGUGCAAGUGCCUGACCUGAACAAUGCGUCGGCACCAGCCUCCGUCCGCUCUGUCCUCCAGCGAUCCCCUAUCUCUCCUCCGCGCAUACGACCACGAAUCGAAUCCCAGUCGUCCAAUCCGCUCCUCGCCGCUGACGGCCUCGACCAUCCAUGGCCUACCGCUUGAGCUGACCGACCGCCUGCGCUCCUUCCCUCUCUUCGCCUCCGCCCCGGACUCCUUCCUCGCUGCCAUUGGGAAAUUCCUGCGCCCGCAACUCUUCCAGCCGCAUGAAUACAUCCUGACCGAAGGCGAUGACGCCAAAGCCAUGUACUGGCUGGUCCGCGGAUCGCUUAGAGUCACGUCAAGAGAUGGAGAGAGUACAUAUGCCGAACUGAAGCCUGGCGCCUUCUUUGGCGAGAUUGGCAUUCUGAUGGACAUCCCACGCACCGCUACCAUCAUUGCUCAGUUGCGGUCGCUGGUCUUGAAGCUGAACAAGGAAGACUUGCAAAAGGUCCUGCCAUCUUUCCCUACCGUCGAGCGCGCCAUACGUGACGAGGCCACGGAGCGCCUGGCUAUUCUCGAACGAUUGAAGAAGGAGCGCGUCACAGCACCUCCCACAUCUGGCUUACGCAAGCGCUCGCGUGAUUUUAUCGAACGCGAUGUCGACAUGCAGGACGUGGGUCUCCAAGAUGAUAGCAACAAGCGUCGCAAGUCUCCUAGUCCUAGCCUUGCAGAAGCAGCCGCCAACAGUGUCCUGGGAAACGCCAAUUUGACUGUCCGACAAAUUCUACAAGAACUACCCUUGUUCGCUGGUCUGCCGGCCGAGGUUCUUCAUUUCCUAGGCGUCAAUGCCCAGCCAUGUUCAUUUGGACCUUUUACAGAUAUCGUUACUCAAGGCUCACAGGGAAGAGACGUCUUUUUCCUUGUUCGCGGCGAGGUCGAGGUGGUGACUGAGACUCCUGGCAACAAGACCGAUGAGAUGACAGGAAAACAAUUACCUGUGCAGCGUGUACGAGCUCGUCUUAAGCCUGGCCAAUAUUUUGGCGAAGUCACCAGUCUGUCACUAGCGCCCAAGAGAACGGCUACCGUGCGAUCUAUCAAUAGCGUCGAGUGCCUGCGUAUCACAGGUCAAGUUCUAGAUGAGCUUUGGCGGAACUGGUCGUCAAACUUGCGCCAACAAGUCGAACAAGAAGCCAAACGUCGAUUGAAAGAAGUCGAAGACACAGAUAUCAUCUUGCCAGACGCCCCUUCUGCCGUCGAGGCUUUGUCCGCAUUGCCGCCAGAAGAUCAAUGGAAGAAGAGCGUGCCUACGGUCACUUUCAGCAAUACAGAGACCGAGAGCGCAAUCACACGAGACAUGUCUCCCGUGGCAGCUGAACCCAUGGAUCCCGAUCCUUUCUUCAGUAUCGAUAUUGACAAUGUGCGCGCGAAGUCAAGAAGAAGCUCUCUAGCGCCUCCCUCCCCAGAGCCUGUGAUGCACGACCCCACGCAUCGCCAACCUUCACCACCCUCCGCAGGCCGCGCUCUUCCAUCAUCUCCCUUGAAGCCGAGAACAUCCUUCUCUUCUUUAUCUCCUGCAUCCGAAACCCGGCGACCUAUCAGCAGACGCCCCAGUGUAUUUGGAAGACCCUCCAGCCGGUCAGGACGAGGCCCCCUCCCAGAUUCCGUUCUUGCCAAGGUCUUCAAGAAUCUUGAUCUGCCUGAUCUGAUGCGUCUCAGAUUGGUUUCUCCACACUGGACUCGUCUGCUUACCACAAGUCCGCACAUCAUUCAGGAUCUCGACCUCUCACGUUACAAUCGCCGUGUCACAGAUCAUGUUUUGAAAGAGGCCAUUUGUCCCUUUGUAGGAUCUCGUGCAUGGCACGUCAACAUAAACAACUGUUUCCAUGUAACCGACGACGGCUUCGCCGCACUGGUAGAAUGCUGCGGCGAAAGUGUGCGUAGCUGGAGGAUGCGCAGUGUGUGGGACGUCACUGGCCAAAGCAUUCUGGACCUUGUCAGUCGUGCCAAGCGUCUAGAAGACAUUGACCUCAGCAACUGCCGUAAAGUCGGUGAUAAUCUCCUAGCGCGGAUUAUUGGCUGGAUUGUACCGCAGCCACCCCCUGGUCAGGCAGCGCCUUUGCUUCCUCCUGUGGCUUCAUCAUCACGCCGCCCUACAACGAAACGCGGCAACAGUAAUGUAGUGGUUCCACAGGUAGACCAGCCUGUUCCGGGCACUGUUGUUGGAGCCCCAGGGCUCAAGCGAUUGACACUGAGCUAUUGCAAACACGUGCAAGAUAGGAGUAUGGCACACAUAGCUGCACACGCAGCGAACCGACUCGAGAGCAUUGACUUGACGCGUUGCACUUCAGUCACGGACCAAGGCUUCCAACACUGGGGUCUGUACAACUUCCCGCGAUUGCGAAAGCUUGUCCUGGCCGACUGCACAUACUUGACCGAUCAGGCGAUCGUAGGCAUCGCGAACGCCGCUCGAGGGCUCAAGGAGCUCGAUUUGUCUUUCUGCUGUGCGCUCUCGGACACAGCAACCGAAGUCCUCUCACUAGGCCUUACUCACCUCACACAUCUCGAUCUUGCAUUCUGCGGCUCAGCAGUCUCCGACUCAAGUCUUCGCUGCAUCGGUCUUCAUCUUCUCGAGUUGGAGUAUCUCUCCGUCCGCGGAUGUGUCCGAGUCACAGGUCAAGGUGUCGAAAGCGUGGUAGAUGGCUGCCCUCAUCUACAACUAUUCGAUGUCAGUCAAUGUAAGAACCUUCUGCCUUGGCUACGAGGGGGUGGCGUACAAGCCGUCAGACAGAGAGGCUGCAAGGCCAGAUUUGAAGUCGUGGCCGACGGAUCAUGGCGUGGCAGUGGUGAAGCGUACAAGGGGUUGCAUUGCUCAAUUUAAGCGAGUUGGACGUUCUUUUUAUCAUUGAGCAUUUGGGAGGAGUUUUGAUCUUGGAUGUGUUAUAUGUAUGCGUUCUAGCGAUCAUGAUGUUUUUUUUUGCAAAUUGA